UUUGUGACGAAAGGCUUGAAAUAAGCUGAACACACCAAACAAGGUGGAUUAUAACUGAACUGAACAUGCUAGUUAAUUUGGAGACCUGACUAAGCAACGUUUGGGUGACACACAAUAAAUCAGCAUGACCGGUCCGCUGCACGAUUCUCACAGGCUAUCAGUGAAAACAUGGACAGAGGAGGAGAGUGAUUGUGCUGAAAGCACGCUUAGCAGAGGGCAAUCGAUAUGUGAUGAUACUUCCUCAGAGCUGCAGAGAAUGGCAGCCAUUGAAAGGAAUUCCCAGAGCUCCUUUCGAGGCCGAGGGGCGCUAUCCAGGAUAGUGGGUAUGGUGAUGACUCUGAGAGAAUGGGCUCAUAAGAGUCUGGCUGAGGAGACAGAGCGGCCCGAUUCCUUUUUGGAGCGCUUCAGGGGCCCUGCCAACAUGGACAUGCAGGGGCCGCCCAGCAGAUUCAGCCAGAGCCACACAGGUUCUGAGACAGAGAAUGAAAUCCGACGCUCCAGGCGCACGAGGAAGAGGAAGUGGAGAAUUGUGGUUUUAUCCCCAUCUGAUGAUGCCUACUACAAUUGGCUGAUAGUGAUUGGGGUGGCAGUUUUUUAUAACUUCACACUAUUAGUUGUAAGGGCCUGUUUUGACGAGCUUCAGAUGAAAAGUAUUCAGGUAUGGCUGGUGCUGGACUACAUCUGUGACGGAGUCUACGUCCUGGAUAUAGCUGUUCGUCUUCAUACAGGUUUCUUGGAUCAAGGAUUGUUGGUAAAAGACGUCCGUCGUCUGAGAGAAAGCUACAUCCGAACAUUGCAGUGUACGCUGGACAUCUGCUCCAUCCUCCCUACGGACCUCCUGUACCUCAUAGCUGGAAUGAGCUACACCCCUCUUCUGCGAUUUAACCGUCUCCUGCGGCUGCCGCGGCUGUUCGAGUUCUUCGAACGAACAGAGACUCGGACGAGCUAUCCAAACAUGUUCCGUAUCUGCAAGCUAGUUCUGUACAUCCUGGUUAUCAUCCACUGGAACGCCUGUGGUUACUACAGUUUCUCCAAAGUUCUGGGUCUAGGCUCUGACUCAUGGGUUUAUCCCAACGCUUCUGACCCUGAGUUUGGUUCCCUGACCAGAAGCUACAUAUACUGCCUGUACUGGUCGACUCUGACACUCACCACUAUUGGCGAGACUCCUCCUCCUGUCAGAGAUGAGGAAUAUCUGUUCUUGAUAUUUGACUUUCUGGUCGGGGUUCUGAUUUUUGCCUCUAUUGUUGGCAACGUUGGAGCCAUGAUAUCCAAUAUGAAUGCAACUCGAGCAGGCUUUCAAACCCGCGUAGAUGCCCUCAAACACUAUAUGCACUUUAGACAUGUCAGCAAGGUCCUGGAGCAGCGAGUCAUUCGCUGGUUUGACUAUCUCUGGACUAAUCAGAAGACGAUAGACGAACAAGAAGUCCUGAGGAGCUUGCCCAAUAAACUGCGGGCAGAAAUUGCUAUUAACGUUCAUCUAGACACACUGAAGAAGGUGCGUAUAUUCCAGGACUGUGAGGCAGGUCUCCUCGUGGAGUUGGUGUUAAAACUUCGCCCCCAGGUUUUCAGCCCUGGUGACUACAUCUGCAGGAAGGGGGAUGUGGGUAAGGAGAUGUACAUCAUUAAAGAGGGCCACCUGGCAGUGGUGGGGGAUGAUGGAGUCACCCAGUUCGCUGUCCUGACCUCAGGCAGCUGCUUUGGAGAAAUCAGCAUCCUGAACAUCAGCGGGAGCAAGAUGGGGAACAGACGCACCGCUAACAUAAGGAGCCUGGGCUACUCUGACCUGUUCUGCCUUUCCAAGCAAGACCUGAUGGAGGCACUGCAGGAUUUUCCCCACGCCAGGGCACAGCUGGAGCAGCGGGGGAGGGACAUCCUUCAGAAGGAGGGGCUUUUGGAGGAGGUGAACGUGUCUGCCGGAGAAGAUCUGGAGGAGAAGAUGGACAGGCUGGAAACCAGUCUGGAUCGUCUGCAGACAUCCUUGGCGCGCCUGCAGAGUGAGUUUAACUCUUCGCAGCUUCGACUGAAGAAGAGACUGACUUCCCUCGAACACAGCAUCCCCACGGCAACCACUGGCAGCGGCUUCCUGUCAGACCCUGAUGGCGCAGACAGCAUCUCUGGCUGUGAUUUUGUGCGAAGUGAAAUCAACAUUCGUCUCUGAAAACUCCUUUCACACAACCGUCACAAAU